AUGUUGUUUGGGAGUAGAAAGUUACAAGCAAGAAUACGAGCGAGUCCCAGAAGCUUGGCCUACUUUUUGAUGUGCUGUCAUCGUUCCUUCACAACGACACGGGUAAAUGCGCUGAACAUUGCAGUGAUAACAGGGACAACAAGAACGCAAGGACCUCCACGACCAAUCCUUGGACCUCGAGUCGCUUCUUUCAUUACCAAGUCCUUGGAAGCACGCGGCAAUACUUACACUGUAGUUGAUCCAAAUAGUUUUGAGUUGCUGGACAAACCACAAUUUGCCUACGCGUCGAGUCAAGUCCCAGCUCAUCUGAAAGAUGUACAAAAGAUCCUUGAAGAUGCGGAUGCCUACGUAUGUGUGACACCGGAGUAUAACCACGCUCCCUCUCCUGGAUUGUUGAACGUUUUGAAUCACUUUGGAUCUUCUACAUUUUCCUUCAAGCCAUCAGCGAUUGUGUCGUAUUCUGCCGGGCAGUGGGGAGGGACGAGGGCUGCAAUUGCUUUACGACCCAUUCUGAGUGAGCUUGGAUGCUUACCUGUGUCCGCAAUGAUUCAUUUGCCGAGUGCUCAAGAAAUCUUUGACGAGGAUGGCAACCCAUACGAAAAUACAGAGAAAUGGCAGAAUUAUACUGAUCGGUGUUUUAGUCAACUGGAAUGGUGGGGAACAGCUGCCAAGAAGCACAAGGCCGAGACCGAUCCUUUUGAUCAGUCGCCGUCGCUCCAAAAAGACCCCUCUCAGAGAAAUGCCCCGUAG